AUGGAAUCCUGCAAGAGCCUGGGCGAGGGCGAGGAGCUCCACGCCCAGAUCCUCGGCAACAAAUUCCUCGCCGCGGAUGCCUUCGUGGCCAACAAGCUGAUCGAGAUGUAUGGGCGGCUCGGCAGCACCAGGAGGGCGCGGGAAGUGUUCGAGCGCAUGGGCGAGGACAGGAACUCCUUCUCGUGGGUGAUCAUCCUCUCAGCAUACUCCAAGACCGGGCAAGUGGAAGAGGCCAAGCAGCUGUUCGAUGCGAUGCCGGAUCGAUGCCCAGUGUCGUGGAACGCGAUGCUGGGCGUGUUUACGAAGAAUGCUCGGCUUCGCGAGGCCAAGACGGUGUUCGAUAGAAUGCCGGAGUGGACGUAUGUCUCGUGGACCGCCAUCUUUUCAGCAUAUGCCAAGCAUGGGCACUUUGCAGAAGCGAAAACGAUCUUUGAUGCUAUGCCGCAGAGGAACAUUGUUUCGUGGACUGCCAUGCUAGCUGCGUAUUGCCAAUCUGGGCAGUUUUCCGAAGCACGAAAGUGUUUUGAUCGCAUGCCGGAGCACGAUCUCUUCGUGUGGAACACAAUGGUUACAGCACUUGCCGCUAACGGGCAUCUUGCGAAUGCCAAAGAGAUCUUCUACGCCAUGCCUGAUCGCAACCUCGUCUCCUGGAACGCAGUCUUGACUGCGAGCGCGCACCACGGAGAGCUACGAGACUCCAAGUCUUUGUUCGACGCGAUGCCCCAGCGCGAUCUUGUCUCCUGGACCGCAAUGCUCGCCAUGUUUGCCCGUGCUGGGCAUCUUGAGCAAGCACUAGUGAUCUUCCACUCGAUGCCGGCGAGGGACAGGAUUGCGUGGAACGUGAUGCUCUCGUCGGCCUCCAAGAACGGGGAGCUCGAGGAAUCCAAGCGCUUGUUUGAUUCCAUGCCGCAGCGCGAUCACGUCUCCUGGAACGCGAUGCUCGGGGCCUACGCUCACAAUGGCCACUGGGACGAGGCCGUGGCGCUCUUCUCCGCCAUGCCCGAAUGGGAUCUCAUCUCCUCCACGGCCGUGCUCUGCGAGUAUGCCCAUCGCGGCAUGAUCCAUCACGCGAGGACGGUGUUUGAUCGCAUGCCCGAGCGCGAUCUCACCUGCUGGAACGCGAUGCUGGGCGCCUACGCCCAGAACGGCCACGCCCACGCCGCCAAGAGGCUCUUCCUUGAUCUGCCCGAGUCGAACCUCGUCUCGUGCAACAUCAUGCUGGCGAUGCACGCCGAGGAGGGCUCGGUGGACGAGGCGAGGCGGAUCUUUCACCGGAUGCCGGAGCUCAAUCUCGUGUCCGAGAACGCGAUGCUCACCGCGCUCGGCGAGAGCGGCCACAUCCUCGAGUCGCGGGUGAUCUUUGAGGAGAUGCCGCAGAGGAACAAUGUGAGCUGGAAUGCGAUGCUGAGCACCUAUGCCCGUAACGGGCAUCUUGAUGAGGCUUGGCAUAUCUUUGACUGGAUGCCGGAACGUGAUGUUAUUUCCUGGAACUCAAUCCUCUCAGCAAAUUCCCAAAGCGGGCAUCUUGAACAGACGAAGUUUUUGUUUGAUACAAUGCCUGUGCAGGGCUUGGUUGCAGUAACCACCAUGCUAACAAGUUACGGGCAAAGUGGUCGUGUCACGGCGUCCAAGAAAAUAUUUGAUCAAAUGCCAGAUAAAGAUCCGAUUGCCUGGAACGCCAUGAUUUCGGCUUAUGCGCAUAACGGGCAUUUUCAAAACGCGCUGGAUCUUUAUGGUGCGAUCAAGGUUGAAGAGGAGAGACCGGACGAUCGUUGCUUCACCUUGGUUCUUCUCGUGUGUGGACGCACUGGAAAGGUUUGGGAUGGCUUGCGUUGCUUCGCGGAGAUGGUGGUCGAUUAUGGGAUCGUUGCAAACAAGCUCCAGUACCGAUGUAUGAUCGAUCUCUUGAGCAGGGCCGGGCAUCUGAGAGAGGCGGAGGAGCUUAUUGCGAGCAUGCCAUUCGAGGCGGAGGUGAUGGACUGGCGAUGUUUGCUGGGUGCAUCGACGAGCUACAGCAAUUUGGAACAUGGUGCCCACGCAGCUAAGGCUCUCUUGGGUGGCCAAAACGAAGAUUCAGCCGCCUAUGUCCUCCUUGCGAACAUGUAUGCGAUGAAAAAUGGAGUGCCCAGGAAAAGUAUGGGAAACGGAAACUUGGAGCUUGCACGCGAGGCUUUUGAGGCCAUCAAGCAUCCACCUUUUGGGAGCUUGCGGGAAGCAAGAGGGUUUGACAGGAUGCCUUACAAAGACAUUGUACAAUCCUGCGUGGGAAUUUCCGGCUCGGGUGGCCUGGUCGGCCUUGAUCUCGGUCUACGAGUUCCAUCUCGAGGCAGCCAUGCAGGUGUUCUUUGCGGUUUCCUGCAAUGCAGUCUUGACCGUUUACUCCAAAAGCUGCCACCUUGA